AUGGUAUACCACCGAAAUUUGACCAAUUUCGGUGAGAUUUCGGUAAGUUUCACCGAAAAUCUCGGUACCGAAAUUGUAGACAAAAAUCUAUACCAGUAUACCAAUGGAGGACCGAAAACCGAAAUACCACAGGUAUAUGAUGUAACCCCAUUUCUGGAUGACCAUCCAGGUGGUGAUGAGGUCCUUCUAUUAAUUAGCAACUGGAUGAAAGAUUUCUAUGUUGGUGAAGUCGAUACCAAUUUUAUGCCUCGAGAGAAUAAGUAUAAAUCACCUUCAGCCGUAACUUAUUCAUCCUACAGAGCUUCUGGAAGUUCAUCAUCUACCAAGAUGUUGUUGUUACCAUUUAUCAUGCCCAUACCAAUCUUGUUGCUAGCAUAUGCUCUCUACUACUUUGCCUAG